CGGAGCUCUAUCAGAGUUCCCGGCGGCUGUUACUCAAAACCAGAGAUGGCUUAGAGAGGCUCGAGCGUUUCGAAUACACCUCUUCUUCCUCCGUGUUGUCAUUGGGCGCCGCCGUGAACGAUCCUUCGGAGAAAGCAGUUGAGGAUUUGAGAAAAGAUAUCAGCCAGAUCCAGUUACUUUGCUCCGAAAUGGAACGUCUCUGGCAUUCCAUACCUGCUAAAUCUCAACGUGAUCUCUGGAAAAGGAAAGUGGAACAAGUGGCUGAAGAGGCUGACUCUUUGAAAGAUAGUCUGGAUAAAUAUAAUCUACGGCAUCAGAGACGCAUGCAAGAAGUCCAGGAGAGAACAGAAUUACUUGGGAGAGCUAGCGGUGAUUCAUCUCAUGUUUUGAGGAUUUUUGAUGACGAAGCUCAAGCAAUGCAAUCUGCUCGUAGCUCAUCCAGAAUGCUUGAAGAAACCUUGGCAACAGGGACAGCUAUUCUUUCAAAAUAUACGAGCUCAACGGAAAGCAUUAGAUGUACUCAACACUGUGGGGCUAUCAAAUUCUGUAAUGAGACUUAUUGA